AAGCAUCCCCCAUACAGAAGAGAAUCUACACAAGUGUAAACAAACAGCCGAAAGACUUGCAAGAAACGUCGUAACCAGUCAUCAGGACUUACUGGAAGACCCCCAAGAAAACUACCAAGAAGACCUUCAAGAAGAAGUAAGACCCAAUAUGUCAAGCCCCAAAGACAUAACCGCAAUAGUAACAGCAGCUGUGAAAGCAGCCCUAGAAGCUAAGAAAUCGUCCAGAUUCAAAACCAAACUACCCGAACCCUAUAAUGGAGAACGUAAAACCGCAGUACUAGACAACUGGCUAUUCGCUAUCGAACGAUAUCAAGACGCCGAAGACUUGAACGAGUCGGAUACCAUCAAGUUGGCCGUAACCUUACUAACAAAAGAAGCCGCUACCUGGUGGUGAUUGUUUGUAGGCAGCAGGAGCGAAGUAGUAGUCAAUACCACUAACACCGAGUGGGAUGCGUUCAAGGAAGCUAUCACCGCUCAGUUCCGUCCCACCAAUGCGCGGAAGUUAGCCUUGGAUA